AUGUGGACCUGCGGUCGCCGGCCAGGCAUGAUUCCAUGGUCAUCAGCAUGGCGGUCGUUCGCAACGCAUGCAGCGCACAAAUCGCAUGCCGACGGCGUGCGCGUGAUCUACCGCGGCGGCUCGUAUAUGCGUAAACCAUACUUUUACAUUGCCGGAGCUUGCUUCGUGUUGGCAGGCCUAAAUUUUGGGCUGUUCAUUCGUGACUUUCUGGUGUGGCCACUUCUCCCAAGUGAUGACACACAGCCUGAACUAGCGCGCCCAGGCAUCCGGUACUCCCUCGCUGGCGGCACCGUGCUCAUAGCGUCGUUGUGUGGAUGGUACUUUUGGUAUGCACCAAGCCGCAUGGUAACGCGUCUCACUGUAUACCCAGCCAAGCAGAUGCUUGGAGUACGGACAGCUGCUCCUGCACCGAGUCGCUACCUGCCUUCCUCGCUCAGGAAUCGACCAUUCUUUGAACGAGCUGGCUUGCCCUCCUUGACGGACAGGUGCGAGCGACUCGUGCCUCUAGAAGCCGUGUAUCGCUUGCAAGGCUCUGCGGAAGGCAGCGAAAUGCAGGUAUGGAGUGAGCUGAUCAAGACCAAGAAAGAGCUGGUCUCGCCGGCCACACGCGCGCACCUCAUUCGAUACCAAGCUACAUCUUCCAAGUACGAUCAGCAGGAUACACUGAUGUUGCGGGUUGGCGACGCACGUCUGGCUUUCCAGCUAUCUGCGAAUCCAGAAGCGAGUUCCCUUGUGCAUGAGCCGCCAAAGCGCGGCUUGCGCAGUUUGUGGCGCCGUGUGAUUCGUGGUACGACGGACUGGGGUGUGCCGCCCAAUUACGUCGCCUCGCCACAGGAGCGCGUCGCGCGUGAGCACCGUCUGUCACUCCCCUAUACUGAUACGGAACCAUGGUUCUUGGAUCGGAUAAAAUUCGAUCAGCUCUUCCCGUUGGAUGCAUCACGCUACAAGAAAUCGCCAUAA